GAGAGAGAGGAGGAGGAGCAGAGGGAAAGGUAUCAUCAGCAGCAACAGCAGUGCAGCACAAAGGCGAAAAGAACGGGGAAGGUGUGGAGAGAGAGAGCAAGAGAGGGAGUGAGAGAGAGAAGAGAGGCUGAGGUUUGAAGAAGACUGAGCCCUUUGCCACAUACAUGACCACAGGCUCAUCACUCAGCUGGACGUAACCUUGACGAUCCUCGUCUGCUGCUGGUACUGCCACACACUAGUGCACAGCCAAUACUGUGUGUAUGUGUGUGUGAGGGUGCGCUCAGGCAUUGCUAUGAGAUUCAGAGAGCCACAUCAUUAUCCGUGUGUUCUUGCAUGUGUGUUCCUUUAGCAUUCUGCUCAACUAAUGGGAAAAAAGAGCCUGCAGUGACCGUCAAGUGACUGAGUGUGUGUGAGCUUGAGUUGAGUGUGCACGUUGAGGAAAGGGUUGAAAAAGCUUAGAUAGGCGUAGAGAGUGUGCAUUUGUAGCACAGGGUACAAUGCAAGAGCAAGCAGCGUGUCCUACACCCUGAGAGAGAUAAAACAGUGAAGGUAGACAGUGUGUGUGUGAGACUGAGAGAUGCAGUCUCUGUGCCUCAGCAUCAUCAGAUUUUCUGCUGCAGAUGCUACACUAGCUCAUCUCCGCACUAGAGCGCUACCGUGACACACACACGCUCAGACGCACACAGCUGCGGCUUUCAAGAGAAGCCCCAAGAAUCCCAUCAAAGGUCAACAGAGGGACACUGGAAGAGUUGCUGAGGGCAGAGGUUGUGACAGCUCAGGCUGAAGGUCAGAGGAGGAGUGAGAGCCAUAAGCGCGGCAUCAUGGGCGAGUGGACUAUAUUGGAGAGAUUGCUGGAGGCUGCAGUGCAGCAGCACUCUACUAUGAUCGGCAGGAUCCUGCUGACAGUGGUGGUGAUAUUCCGGAUCCUGAUCGUGGGUAUAGUGGGAGAGAAGGUGUAUGAGGAUGAACAGAUUAUGUUUAUAUGCAACACGCUGCAACCAGGUUGCAACCAGGCCUGCUACGAUAAAGCCUUCCCCAUCUCCCAUAUCCGUUACUGGGUUUUCCAGAUCAUCUUGGUGUGUACACCCAGCCUCUGUUUUAUCACUUACUCAGUGCACCAGUCUGCCAAGCACAAAGAUCGCAGUUACACCCUCCUGCACGGCCCGUACAUCGACCACGGACACGGGCCGAGCCGCAAGCUCCGUAACAUCAACGGCAUCCUGGUGCACCCAGAAAGCAAACAUGACAGCGACUGUCUGGAUUUGAAAGACAUUCCCAACAUUCCACCGGGGGCCACAUACUCCAAAAGUGCCAAGAUCCGUCAGCAGGAGGGCAUCUCCCGUUUCUAUGUCAUACAAGUGGUGUUUCGAAAUGUUCUGGAAAUCGGCUUUCUUGCCGGUCAGUACUUUCUGUAUGGAUUCAACGUUCCUGCCAUGUUUGAGUGUGACCGCUACCCUUGCGUGAAGGAGGUCGAAUGCUACGUGUCACGUCCCACGGAGAAGACAGUUUUCCUCGUGUUCAUGUUCGCAGUUAGCGGGAUCUGUGUGGUGCUAAAUUUGGCUGAGGUCAACCAUCUGGGCUGGCGGAAGAUUAAGACGGCCAUCCGUGGUGUCCAGGCUCGCAGAAAGUCCAUUUGUGAGAUCCGGAAAAAGGAUGUGUCCCACCUUUCCUCAGUGCCCAACCUGGGCCGCACCCAGUCUAGCGAAUCGGCCUAUGUCUGACAGCGAAUAGGGGAGGGGCUUAGACGAGGUUGGGAGUGGCUGAUGAGGCGACGGCCACGCCCUGUGCUGCAGACUUGACACUGCAUAUUUUUUGCAUAGUUUGGACAGGUGAGAGAGGGGUAGGGUGAAAACAAAAAAGGGAGGAAUGGAGUAAAUCAGAUUUGGCAUUCUAAACUUUAUGGAGAAUAAAUCUGCUUUUUCAGACUUUAAUGGUGAGCGCUGGGGAACAGAAUGGGACUCAUACUUAAAGGGAUAGUUCACCAAAAAAUUUUAAUUCGAUGUUUAUCUGCUUACCCCCAGGGCAUCCGAGAUGUAGGUGACUUUGUUUCUUCAGAAGAACACAAACAAAGAUUUUUAACUCAAAC